AGAAGAGUCCUCAGUGUUUGUCCGCGGCAGUCCGCGGCAUCGUUCUAUCCGCUGUCCGUGAACCUUUCACGGCGGAAUCCAUCACAACUUGAUAAUCCUCUAUCGUCCGCAGCGAAAAGUGAUAGUAAGGUGAGGUGUCACGUCGUAUACCCAUUUGCUCCGAUAUUUUGCACUCUGCCGAUGCACCAGGAAUCACCGAAUCGCCCCAACCAAAGAACACAAAUAUUUGCGACAAAAAAAGAAUCAUCCGCCUAUAGUCGUUCGUUUGUUACGAUUGUUUUCUGCGUAUGUAUGGGAGUGAUUUUUUAGUAUUGGUGAAGCAAUAGAGAAACAAGCUUCACACGAACAACGGCACUGAGGAAUAUCCGGGCGCGGUUUAGCGAGGAGUACGUUGAAACAGUAAAUUAUUACUCCCUAUUAUGUACUGAAAAAUGGUCUGAUUGACUCAUCAUGACUGUCGAUUUUGCUGAUUACUUCUGGGGUGAAAAAAAUAAUGGAUUUGAUGUGCUGUAUCAUAAUAUGAAACAUGGAGUUGUGGCGAGCAAAGAAUUGGCUGAAUUUCUCCGAGAGAGAUCGACGAUCGAGGAGAACAACUACAAACUGCUCAGCAAAGUUGCUAAACAAGCAAGCAACAGUAGCAGUACACAGGGUACAUUUGCACCAGUAUGGGCAGCCCUGCGCGGUGCGGCUGAAAAACUCGCGGGUCUUCAUCUUCAAAUGGCCCAGCGAGUCUCAGAAAUUAUCAAAGAUGUGUCGAAGUACGCUGACGAGCUUCACAAGAGGCACAAGGCUGUUAAAGAGGAAGAAUCCUCAACCCUCGAGGUCGUUCAGAAUAUUCAGAGCAUCACAGUGACACUCCAGAAGGCCAAGGACAUGUGCAUGCAGAAGGCGUUGGAGUUGGAGAAGCUUAGGAAGGACAGUGCCAGCCAACGAGAGCUGGAGAAGGCUGAAGCCAAAUUUAAGAAGACUCAGGAUGACUAUAGAACACUUGUGGAUAAAUACACUGCAGUUAGAAAUGAUUUUGAGACUAAAAUGACAGCUGCAUGUAGGAGAUUCCAAGACGUGGAGGAGACCCAUCUCAGACACAUGAAGGAGUUCCUCAACACCUACGCAGAUGCGCUCCAAACGAAUCACGAGCAGGUUGGACAGGUUCACAUUGACUUCAAACGCCAGUGCCUGGACAUGACGGUGGAAAAGCUACUGGAGCAAUUUGUGCAGUCGAAAUAUACGGGUUUCGAACGGCCAGGUAAUCAUCGUGACUUUAUCAACGACAGUACGAAAGCCACUGAUGAUGUACGUAAUACGCCAGGCGCGAUCGAGUAUGACGAGGUGAUGACGAGUCUAGCUGAGAUUGCCAGUCAAACACACCAGUUGGAGGCGACUAAUGACACAACAGCCAAGGAUGCAACGACCAAAGGAACUAAUGGAGAAACAGGCGUUGCUGGGUUUCUUCGCAGUAGACGAGAGAAGAGAAAGGAGAAAAAGGCGAAGAAAAAGAAGGACUCGGUGGAUACAAGCAGUAACAAGGAAGAAAAGUCUGAUCUAGAGGAGAAGGACGAGAGCCGAAAGUCCGAAACGCCAACACCCGAAGUGGAUGAGGAUGGUUUUUGCAUAAGGCCAAAGCCCGAUCCGUGGGAAAAUGAGAAAGGUUUUUACUCGAGUUCGGACACUGAAUCAGAGGACGAGAGAGAGAGAAAAAUAAGAGUUGAGAUAAAGCCAUUGAGCAAUGGUGGUGCACCCAUGAGUGCAAGUGUCGAUGAGUUGAGAGCAACUGUUGAGAAUCUCUCGUUGUCACCGGCACCCACGGGUCGCAGGGGUUCAAAUACCGAUUCGGAUCAUCUUAUGAAGAGAUCUCAGUCAGUUUCUCAACAGCUUGGUAAACCAAGUUCAGAUUUACUUGGAUUAAAUUUAUUCAAUCCAAGUAGUACACCAUCGAGUGCCUCAACACCUACAGCGAGUCAUCCUUAUGCACCUUUGCAGAGUCCGCCACCAACGUCAUCGUCACCAGUGCCACAGAGUGCACCACCACAAUUGACAAGUUUACAUAGUAAAUUUCCUGAGGGUGAUUUAUUUUCGGAGGUUGGUGAUAUUACACCUGCAUUGCCACCUAAGCAAUCAGCCUCGUCUACACCUACGGGGUCAAUUGCUAUUCCAAGACCACCUUCACGACGCAGUGAGGGCCCAACUAGAGGCCGAGCAUCGCCUGCCACUAUAUCAAGGGCUGACAGUGUCGCUAGUUUGGAGUUUCGCACUGCUGGAGUUGGUGUGGGAUCGUCUAGGGGACCGUCACCUCUCACCAUUGGACUUGCUGAUACCAUUCCUCUUGCAGUGGCUUUUCACGAGAUUGUUCACUCGUAUUUUAGGGGAACUGAUGAAAAUCGCUGUCAGGUGAAACUCAGUGGUGACAUGAUGCUAUCGUUUCCUGCGGGAAUCGUGGCUGUAUUGGCAAAUAAUCCCAGUCCUGCUAAACUGUUGUUUAGAAUCAGGAAUAGUAAUCGUCUUGAAAGAUUACUGCCCAAUAGCCAACUUCUUAGCAUUGAUGCCACUCAGACGACAUCAGACUGUACAAUAUUCGAGUUUAAUAUGAGUGCCUUAACCACAUUGCUACGUCGUCAGGCAGAGCAGAACCCCUCGGCCUCGUACUUCAAUGUGGACAUUCUCAAGUAUCAAAUUAAGAAUAAGGAGGGCGCAGGCUCUUGUCCAUUUCAACUAGUGGCGUACUGGAAGUGUGAGUCCACACAUACAGAUCUCAAGAUCGACUACAAGUACAACAGUCGUGCAAUGGCCUCCCCAAGUCCCCUCCUGAAUUUGCACGUAGCAGCCCCUAUAGACGGUGGCUUCAAGACUCUCCACAGUAAGCCCUCAGCCCAGUGGCUGCCCGAUACAAACAGAUUACUUUGGAAAUUCACCGAGCUGUCUCAGCACAGUGAGAGUAAUGGAGUUGGUUCAUUGAAAGCGCGAGUUGAGCUUGAACGUGGUCCAGGAUCUCAAGGGACUAUUGUAACUCAGUUCAAUUGUGAGGGAACAACUCUCUCAGGCGUUGAAUUUGAACUUGUCGGUGCUGGGUACAGACUGAGUCUCGUGAAACGGCGAUUUGUAUCCGGCAAAUAUAUUUGCGAUGGAGACAGCGAUCCAAGAACUCGUUACGCUGCUCCACCCUCUAGCACCGAGUGACGUUUACCCGAGUGGUAGCCAAAGUGGGAAACACAGCCAACUUAAUCGUAAUCGAUUCUGUAUUGCUCACUGCCGAUGCCUUAGACGAUCCAAUGGACAUUGUGCCCAACGGGGAUUUAAACCCAAAUUACAAACGUGGGAUUGAGGGAAGACUAAUAAGAGUUUUCGGAAUUGAGAAUAUUCAAUUGAAGAUAUUCAUGUGUUAAUAUUUCAUGCAUACAAAAGAAAGAAGUUUCAAAACUAUUAAUGUUAAGAUAAUAAGUUCCUGGUUGCUUUCUGGAAACAUAAAAUUAUAGAAUUAAAAGUUAAUGGGUCCAUGUACCCGAUUCUUAAAAUACACAGUCCCAAUUUUCACAGAUUUUUUUUAAAUUAAGGGUACAAGGCUGCUAUGAGUUGGAAAAAUCAAGAAUUAUUUAAGUGAGGAUCUCUCAAUGUUUCUCCUGUAUUCCUAAUUAUCUCCUUUCUGUGUUUUAACAUGAAUGCAAAGACUGAUAAUUCGUGUAAAAAAAGUAAUUGGUCAUUGGCCGCGUAAAAUCCUAAAAUAAUAUGAUGAGUGAAAAAGCAGUGCCGUGUACUCUAUUUUUUAAAUAAAACAACUUUUUUCUCCAGAAUGUUCUAAAAAAAUCAGGGGUCUAACAGCGAAAAAAAAUUUGUCAAUUUUGCGGAAAAAAUUGUUGUCCAUCUGAAAAAUGAAGUAUACUGGAUAAUUUUUUUGACAAUAAACAAUGAGUUUUACCACACAUGGAAUAUAGAGAAAACAUGGAGAUCAUCAUUCAACCCGUCAUGUUUAAAAUACAUAGCAAUAUCCCCUCAAAUAUAAAUGUAAGUUUUCUAUAAAAAGAUACAUUAAUUCUGAAAAAUAACUUAGAAAUUUAUAAUUCAGAUACUUAUCAUAACUCGGAGGCCGAAUAUUGAAAAUGUAACAAUACUGUGAAAAUAUGGACUCUUACAAAUAGAGAAUUGAACCAUUUCUUGAUUUUACGUUCGUACAGAGUUGAUGAACAACGACUUUUAAAAAUUAAUAGAUAACACGGGAGAAUUUUCUAUUCAACAUCCUGCAACUUGGAAAACUCAGUUAUCUACCCUUAAAGGCUGUUGGAUACCAAAGAGAUAUAUGAUCGUUUCUGAUAUUGGAUGAGCUUAUUAUUCAUUUGGGUUCCUUGUGAAAAGAUAUGUACGAACACCAAAGGCUUCCUAAGGAAUAGAAAUGCGAACACAAAAUUUAAGGGAAUUAAAUUAAAUUUCAUUUGUAAAUAGACAUGUCUUCAGUUAGAAAAUCGUCUUUAUGAUCUUUUUUUUAUUGAAUAGGAAGGUAGGGUAGAGGACGAGUGCACUGGCAAGAUUUUCUACGCAAAAAUGGCGAGGAAUUUCGAUCUAUUUCAGUUAGGAGAAACUUCCGUUGUUAACCCUGUAGUGAUCGCGCUUUCGUAAGCGUCCCACUCGCUCUACAGUGGCACCUAUAUGCUGCGUAUGGUUUAGCGGGGAUUCCCUCACGAUGCAACCACUUAAAGGUCGAGAGAUAGGAAAAUAUUUUAUUUGAGAAUGCUGAAAAUGAAGUUGAAAUUUGUUUGUUCUUUGGUGUCCAAACACAUUUACCCGUAGCCAGAAUAAUUUGCCAUUUUCUAUUGCACUGGAUGAUUGUGUUAGUUCUUGUUUCGCAUGUUGAAAUGAUUAUUUAUCCAUAAUAAUUGCGUUAAUAUACUCGUUACAUUGUUCCAUAUUGUUAGUUGUUGUCAUGUUAAACACAUGAAAUAGACAAAUUCAAUUAUGGUAAUUUCGAAUCCUUGAAUUCGUGGAUGAUGUUACAAUUACUUUCCUUCGAAGUAUUCUUUUUUGCUUUUUGCCGCGUGCAAAGUUUAUUUGAGAGCAAUAAUAAGCGAUGACUGUAUACAAACAAGAGUCGUCAAUCUGAAUAUUACGAAUGUUCUUGUGUAAACUUGAGCAACAUAUACUCAUUGUAAAUCUUUGGAACGUAUGAUAUUUUACAGAAACAUUCCCCUUGACCUCUCCUGAGCAGGUCCACUCGGAUUUACUCAUCAAUUACAUAUCUGCAGAAAGAGAAUGUUUCGCAGACGAUAAUGAAGAGGAAUCAAUGAUUCAUUUGUUUUGGAUCGAUUGAAACGGCACUUUAAAUUAUUUCAUAAAUCAUUCCAAUUAAACUGAUAAUUAAUUGAAUAAUUGAUGAUUAUAUUUUAAGUUGUCAAUAUUUCGGUUUUUAUAACAAUGUCAUUUGUAUUAUAAAUGAAGAAUAAAUACGAAAAAAUUUAUAAAACACGUUUAACCGAGGACGUUAACGUGAAUCAGUGUGGACACGGCUGUAAAUAAUCUCAAUAAAAUUAUAUCAAAAAGAA